UUCAAGAUGGAAAAACAAUUGUUUUGUUGGCUCGCGCCUUUCGAGAUCCACCAAUUUUGCAGGAUAGAUGGAGAAAUAAAAGAGGAUUUGAUUUCUACGAAAGAAACAUUGCAAUUCGACGUGGUAUCGAAUGAAAUUAUUUUCGCCAGUUAUUUUGAAUGCGGCAAAUGUUUCAUUGGUGAAUUAGUUAUUGUCCCAUUAAUAAUGAGAAAUAUCGGUGAAGAUGGUAAAUUUUUCAUCAUCAGUGAAGUCGAUUGGUCGUCAAUGAAAAUUGAGGAUGUUACUAUCAAUAAUAUGGUUUUAACUCCGCCGUUCGCCAUUUCUCCAGCCUAUUUUAUUUUGCAACACAAUGAAGAGAUAAAAUUUCAAUCCUUAUUCUUUCCAUCAACUUAUGGAGUACAAGUCGAUAAAUAUUUUAUUAUUGGUGACAAUUGUUCCGUUCAACCAAUUGAAAUAAUAGGCGAUGGAAUUACGUUCGAGGAAAAAUUUAUUCUUCUCAAUGAGCAAAAUCUCGUUACUGAAUUAAGUGAAGAUAGAGAUGCAAAAUAUUGCAUUGAAUUAAAGCUCGAAAAAUGCGAAAAAAAAUUUGAAACUUUAAUUGAAAUACGUAAUACAAGUGAUGUAAUUUUGCAUUAUCGCUGGGAACAUCGUCAAGUGAGUGAUGAAAAUAAUGGAGAAAAAAAUUGGGAAAACUUAUUAUUGGAAAAUAUUUCCAUUAAUCCAAAGACGGGAAUUUUCCAACCGAAUUCUUCAUCGUUAUUUGUUAUUUCCGUCGAAAUAGAGAAUUUAAUGACUCUCGAUGAAUUUCGCACAAUAUUGCAACUAUGUAUCGAGGAUAUUCCACUUGCAGCAAUUAAUAAGAAUUUAAAUUUAAAUAUUCAGGAUAGUGCAAUUAAGAGAAGAAUGUGUAAAAUUGUAAGAGUAAAAUUUUAUUUUACAUUUUCUUCAAUUUUCUCGUAGAUAAAAAUUUUGUUCACUAGGUAUUUACAAAAAAUAAAAAAAAAUUUAAUAAAAUAAUUUAAUAAAAAUAGUUACCAAAAUUUG